GAUACAAGAUGCCUCGGGAUUUAUCACGAUCUCGAUCACCUUCGUAUAGGCGGAGGCAUUCACCAUCUCCCUUAGGGCAUAGGUAUACCAGGAGAAGUCGAAGAGACAGGAGCCGUUCACCGUAUUCAUCGUACAGCAGGUGAUCCCGUUUAUGUUUUUGGUUUUAUUUACUUUCGAUCAAUCGAUUGAAUAAUCUCCAACGAAUUAUGAAAAGAUUGAUGACACCAUAUCUUCCCACGCGGUGUGUAUUUCACUGACAUCGGAGUUUCUGCAUGAAUUUUGUCCCUUUUGCUGUAAAUUUCCACCUUUUUUGAUAUGUAAAUUUCCCCCUUUUGCGGUUUGUAUUUUAGUUUUCUAAAUUUACUUCUCUCUUGAACUUGUUCUGCGAUGAGGUCAGAGAACUUUGUCUACACUAAUUGCAUGUUCGUUUACAGUUUUUUCUUAUUAUUAUAAUGUUGAUAAGAAACAGUUCGGGUAUAUUUAUUGCUGUAUUUAUUGGGUUUUCGUGUUCAUUUUGUUGUUCAAUUACAUAAAUGGAUCAUUAUAAGUUCGGGUUUCUUGUACUUCCCUUUCUGUGAGUCAUGUCUUUCAGAUCUACAUGACCUCUUUUAUUGUUUAUAUGCUGAUGACAUGAUCUUCAUGACCUCUUUGAUUUAUUGGCUGAUGAGUGGUUGUCUUGGUUUGUACUUGUGCUUUACUAUUAUGAAUUUCACAUGAAAUUUCUGAUUUUUUUGGCAUAAUUGUCAAGUACCUCCCGAUGUUAUUUAAUCAUUUGUUGGGAUUGAUGAGGGGGGGAGAAAAUUUUUAGUCUUCGGGGGGAAAAACUCUAAAAUGUGGUGAGAAGCAAACAGAAUAGACAUGAUCUUGGUAAGAAAAUGGUGAAAUAAGUCAGUUCUUCCUAUUACAUGGGAAGUUAUCAGGUUAAGGGUGCCGAUGGUUGUCCUGUCAUUGCUCGAUUGUGACUUUGCUUCUUCAUGUGAUGUGAUAAAAGAUGGAGCUCACAAAGGUUUAUUCUUAACAAUGUAUGAGAAGAAAAAGCUGCUCAAUUUCUCCAAGACGUAAUAGAAGUCGUUCACGAACACCAAGACGCCAUAGAAGUCGUUCUUCAAUUUCAAGGAGUUACAAGAAGCAAAGACGGCGAAGUUCCUCAUCAUCUCUACACCGUAGAUCUUCUAGUUCUAGCCUUGGAUCCAUUGAGCAAAAAAGUACCAGUGAAAAAUUGAAAAAGGAGGAGGAAGAAAGAAAAAGGCGACAACAAGAGACCGAGGCCAAAUUGCUGAAAGAAGAAACAGCAAAGAGGGUGGAAGAAGCAAUUCGCAAGGAAGUUGAACAGAGCCUGAACUCCAAUGAUUUAAAAGUGGAAAUAGACAAGAAGUUGGAGGAGGGACGGAAACGGCUUAACGAAGAAGUAACCGCUCAACUUGAGAAGGAAAAGGAAGCUGCUCUUGUUGAGGCCAGACGGAAAGAGGAACAAGCUAGAAAAGAGAAAGAAGAGGUAGAAAGAAUGGUCGAGGAGAACAGGAGGAGAGUAGAGGAGGCUCAAAGAAGAGAGGCUUUAGAGAGACAAAAGAGAGAAGAGGAAAGAUAUAGAGAACUGGAAGAGCUACAAAGGCAAAAAGAAGAAGCUAUUAAGAGGAAAAAACAGGAAGAAGAGGAACAGCGAAUUAAUCAGAUGAAACUGUUGGGUAAAAACAAAUCACGUCCCAAAUUGUCAUUUGCCAUUGGCUCCAAAUAAAAAGAAAAGAAAUAAUGUCAACAAGAAAGAAAAGUAAAUGCUUAAUUUUUUACCCCCUUGUGAAUUUAGACUCGAUUGUUGUCACACUUGUGUAAUUUGGGAUGACAUUUUACUUAAUGCCAGGCCGUCUUUCUUAUGAAAUUCACUCC